AUGCUCAGCCCAGAAAAAUACUCAGAAGAAAAUAUUCUAUUGAUGAUUGAAAAUAAUGAUGCUGGCAGCAUUACAGAAUUUUUUAGAGUGAUAAACUAUUUAGCUUAUGAUAGUGCAGAAAAAAUAAAAUUCGAGCCUUUGGAGGAACUUCUAAACUCAGAAUAUAAACUGUCAAUUCUGUCUCUGCUAAUAAAAUCUCCAAUCGAAAAUCUUGAAAAAAGAUUUAUUGCCCAAGCUUUGUAA